AAGAAGAAGAAGAAGAAGAAGAAGAAGAAGAAAACACGUUUCUCCCCUUCCCUCCCUUUUCUUUUUGUUCUGUUACGCUCCACAAUAUUUUCUACACUGUACCACUUUUUGGUAACCCAGGUCUGAAUUUGGGAGAAAUCCCCGCUUUUGCUCAGAAACAUUUUACCAUUUCUGUCUGCUUCCCUUCCCAUUACAAGUGAAGCCAAGAUCCUACUAAACCGUGAUUCUGGGACUGGAGGACAUAGCUCCAGAACAACCAACACACAUCCUACGGUUCCUUGGCAGAAGAAGAAACUCCUUUUGGACACACAGACUGGGCUGUGUUCCUCUGUCAUUUGACUCUAAGGAAGGAAAAAGUUUGGAAGAAAAAGUUUGGCAUCUUCCCCGUUGAGGCUGAGCGCAAGGCACAAACAUUUCCAUGUUCCUUAUGAGAACUCUUUGGAGGGAAAGACGGUGAAUCCUCCCGGAUUGAUUCAGUUCCUGUCCUUGGAAAUUGCUGGCAGUCUUUGGAGGCCCUUCGGUCUCAGCGAGCCGCGAUGGGGCUGUGAGGCCAAACAGAUUUCCCACUGGAUAGUGUGGGAGUCGAGGAAAAUCCCUCCGGAGAGGAACAAAGUGAUAGACACUGCAGUGACGGGAGCUGCCCCAGCACGUGAAUGGCUGCCAAGGAUUAUGACCACUUGUUUAAAUUGCUUAUCAUCGGAGAUUCGGGGGUUGGCAAAAGUAGCCUUCUGCUCCGCUUUGCAGAUAAUACCUUCUCAGGUAGCUAUAUCACAACAAUUGGGGUAGAUUUCAAAAUCCGGACAUUAGUGAUAAAUGGAGAAAGAGUGAAGCUGCAGAUCUGGGAUACAGCUGGACAGGAACGGUUCAGGACUAUUACCUCCACGUAUUAUCGCAAUACUCAUGGUGUCAUCAUUGUUUACGAUGUGACGAACGCGGAGUCCUUUGUUAAUGUCAAACGUUGGCUGCAUGAGAUUGGGCAAAACUGUGACAAUGUAUGCAAGAUUUUGGUGGGUAACAAAUGUGAGGACCUGUCACGGAAGCAAGUAGAGACCCUUGACGCCCGGCGGUUCAGUGAUCAGAUGGGAGUGCGGCUUUUUGAGACCAGUGCUAAGGAGAACCUCAACGUUGAAGAGAUGUUCAAUGCCAUUACGACCAUGGUGCUCCGAACAAAACAGGAAAACCUGGCACGGCGGCAACAGCAGAAUGAGGUUGUCAAAAUCAACAAGCCCAAAAAGAAGCCUUCCGUCAAGAAAUGCUGCUGAAGGGCCAGUCCUCGUAUAUGCCCUUUCCUUUUGGAGGAGGAAUGAACUGUGGGGAGUUGGGUGGGUAAAAAUCAUGCUCAUGUGGUGUUGGGGAGGGGGCUUCUGGAUGUUGGUUGGAGGGGCAGGAGAACCUGUAUGAAUCCUCACAGCACUGGAGUUACACUCUUCUGUUCCCCCCCCCCCCGGAAGUUGAGUUGUGGGGAUAGAGAAACCAGUUGAAGCACUAUAGUCCCCCCUUGAUGGUAGGUUGGGGAGGUAGAUUGUGCUUACAGAAAGGGGGUGGGUGGGAAGUACCGAGCAGCAUUAAAAAAAAAAAAAAAAGACUACUGAAACAAAUUAUUAAGAUGAAUAAAGAAAGAGGAUGUGGGGCAUAGCUGAGCUCAAGGAUAUUGUCCUUCUCCCCACAACUGAAAAAAGCCCUUUUCUGCAAUGUUGCCCACUCAUUGUAUUUUAUUUCUCCACUUGUGGUAUUAUGGCUGGGUGCUGUUAUUGCAUAAUACAACCAAUAUUCAGUUUUAAGUCAUGUGAAGAACAAUGCAGAGUGAAGGAGAAGGUGGGCAUUAUGAUUGUUUUGGAGGCAAGUUCCUCCAGGCUCUGUGGCUAUGCCUCAGUUUACAUAAUAAUAAGCAGAAGUGGAAGAAAUCCAGCAAAACAUGUCAGAAUUUCCCAGCUAAUAGUACUGGGAGUUUUCCUUCUCAUCUCUCUCUAGGCUUGCUCUGAAUACUUUAUUUAGGAAUGGUUUAGGACCAAGCUAUGUUGCUCCCCUAUUAGGAUUGGAGAGUUUUCCAUCUCUUUUACAUUAGCCCUGUCCUUCAACCCAGAUGUUGGAGAAAAUAGCCCCAAAUGUAGGGCUGGGUUUGAAAAAGGACUUUGUAACCUUCUCACCUUGUAUUUGCAACUAUGAUCGGGGUACAAUUCAGUCAGCCCAGUCUACCUCCAGAAACUGAGGAACACAAUAAGAAAUGGAGGCAUAAACUUUAAUAUAGGAAUAUGAAAUUAUGUCUGGAUUCAGCUGAUAGUUGCCAUCCUAGGAUUCCCAACCUUUGGGUAUUGCAGACUGAUACUCUGUUCCCUUUCAGCAUUGGGACCCUCUGUGCAAUAUAUUUGCUUCAUUAAUUAUUUUAUAUACACCCAACUCUGUAGAUAAUUAAAACAUUUUGUUUUAACCCACUGCUAAUGGCAUCAAACUUGUUAAGGAUACACCACUAUUCAAUAAAGAAAUUUAGAUAUAAAAA